AUGAGGCUAAGGCUUCCACCGGGACCUCCAAGAUGGCCAAUCUUUGGGAACCUUCUCCAGUUGAGUCCUCUUCCCCACAAGGACUUUGCUCGAUUUUGCACCAAGUAUGGCCCCCUUGUCUAUCUUCGUCUUGGAACCAUUGAUGCCAUCACCACUGAUGACCCUGAAGUCAUCCGUGAAAUACUUAUCCGGCAAGACGAGGUCUUCGCUUCUCGGCCUCGGACAUUGGCUGCUGUCCACCUUGCCUAUGGCUGUGGCGAUGUGGCUCUUGCUCCACUGGGGCCAAACUGGAAGAGGAUGAGGAGGGUUUGCAUGGAGCACCUGCUUACCACCAGGCGGCUUGAAUCUUUCGCUGCUCACCGAGCUGAGGAAACUGAGCACCUCUGUGAGUUUGUAUGGGCUAAAUCCCAGUCAGGGAAGCCUGUGAAUCUCAGAGAGGUUCUCGGGGCAUUCUCGAUGAACAAUGUGACGAGAAUGUUACUUGGAAAGCAGUACUUUGGGCUGCAGUCAGCAGGCCCUGGUGAAGCGAUGGAGUUCAUGCACAUCACCCAUGAGCUGUUCUUUCUGCUGGGCCUGAUCUAUCUUGGGGAUUACUUGCCUGCCUGGAGGUGGCUUGAUCCAUAUGGGUGUGAGAAGAAGAUGAGAGAGGUUGAGAAGAAGGUGGAUGAUUUUCACCAGAAGAUAAUUGAUGAGCACAGGAAGGCAAGGGAUGUCAGGAAGAGUGGUGCGUCCCUUGAUGAUGAUGGUGAUGAUGAUAGCAAAGAAGACAUGGACUUUGUUGAUGUGCUGCUUUCCUUGCCUGGUGAGAAUGGGAAUGAGCACAUGGAUGAUGUGGAGAUCAAAGCCUUAAUGCAGGCUUCAUAG